CUUCAAUAUAAAUGUCCACAAACGUAUCUUAUUCAUUGUCAACAAAAUUCUUCCAUCACGUUGCAGUGACCUUCUUUCAUUUGUUUUAAAUUUUUGUUCAGUUACUUUGUUCGAAUUUAAACGAAAUCAGACAAUUUACAAAAGAAGUGUCUUCUUGUAUUAAUAACACGUUUUUCAACGUUCAAAAAUCAUAAAUAAUGACAAAAUAAUUGAACUAACCUAACGUGUAAUUCCAUAGUUCGUUUGGUAAUGGAAGAUAGGCCCGUUUUGCGUCGUGCAAACUUACCCAUACUCGAUUAACGAUACUUAAGAAAUUUAUUUAUGGUGUGAUUAGAAGAAUCUACGAAAAAUGUAAUUGUAGUCUUUCGAAGAAUACGAUAACUAAUGAUUAAAAUAUAACUAAGAAUGGAUGAAUUAAAAAUAAGAAGAUUAACCUGAACAAUGUGUUGACUUUUACCGUGGUCUCGACAAUCGUUCUAACGUUUGAGAGAUUUUAAAAAACAUCGAGUACAUAUUUUUUAUAAUUUUAAUGACGCUAACAGAUUCUGAUAUUAUUUCUUUAACAAGAGAAAAGGCAUGAAUUAAGUGCUGGGCACCACCCAAAUGCGAUUAUAAUAUUAAAAAAUGUUUCGAAGCCGAAGUUGGUUUGGAGGAGGGCUCUGGAAACCCAAAAACCCUCAUUCUUUAGAACAUCUUAAGUAUCUAUACAAUGUAUUAUCAAAAAAUCAAACUGUAUCUGAGAACAACAGAGGUUUGCUGGUAGAAACUCUUCGUUCGAUAGCUGAAAUUUUAAUAUGGGGUGACCAAAAUGAUAGCAGCGUAUUUGAUUUCUUCCUGGAGAAAAAUAUGCUUUCAUUCUUUCUACGUAUAAUGAAACAGAAGUGUGGAAGCUACGUAUGUGUUCAAUUACUACAAACAUUAAACAUAUUAUUUGAAAAUAUACGUAAUGAGACAUCCUUGUAUUACUUACUUAGCAACAAUCAUGUAAACAGUAUAAUAGUGCACAAAUUUGACUUCAGCGAUGAAGAAGUAAUGGCAUAUUAUAUUAGUUUCUUAAAAACUUUAAGUUUGAAGUUGAAUGCGCAUACCAUCCAUUUCUUUUAUAACGAGGUAAACGAGCAUACCAAUGAUUUUCCAUUGUAUACGGAGGCAAUUAAAUUUUUUAAUCAUUCGGAAGGAAUGGUUCGUAUAGCGGUGCGAACGUUAACUUUAAAUGUAUAUCGAGUAGAAGAUGUGUCUAUGCUCGCAUUUAUACGAGAUCGCACUGCUGCACCCUAUUUCAGCAAUCUUGUAUGGUUUAUUGGUAAUCACAUUAUAGAGCUUGACACUUGUGUUAGAAAUGAUGCUGAUCAUCAAAGUCAAAACAGAUUAUCAGAUUUAGUAGCGGAACACUUGGAUCAUUUACAUUAUUUAAAUGAUAUUCUUUGUUUAAAUAUAUCCGAUUUAAAUAAAGUUUUAUCGGAACAUUUGCUUCACAAACUGUUAGUUCCAUUAUACGUUUAUUCUCUUAUGAGACAGAAGAACCUUCUAUGCCAAAAUCAGGAAGAGAGGAAACACGUGAGCACUGUAGUAGCCCUGUUCCUACUUUCUCAAGUGUUUCUAAUAAUUUCUCAUGGUCCUCUUGUACAUACAUUAGCAGCAGUAAUGGUACUAUCAGAUUUAGAAACAAUUCAAACAGGGGCAAGUAAAGUGCUCGAAAUGUACGGCGAUAUUUCAUCAGAUAAACCAAUUGCUUUUUCACCGCCAAAAGAAAGUUUAGAAAAAUCUCUUGAAAAUUUAAGCGAAUCUCUAACUGUAUCGGAUGAACUUUGCGAAGAAGAAGUUAAUUUAGAAGAAACGAAAGAUAGCACUGAAAAUGAGGGCGAAGAAGUAUUAGAAACAAAUCAUCCUAGCACAUCAUUUGAUACUGCUUCCUCUAGUGAUACAUCUGUAUUUAUGAGUCCUGAGCAACUGAAUAUAACCAUUCCAUCAGAAGGCUUAGAAGAAAUGAAUCAUUUGAAUAUUACUGACGAAGAAAAAGAACGACUAGCAUUGGAAAGCCCUAUGAUACCUUUGGCGCGAAAGAAAAGCGAAUCAUUGUCGAAUAAGCCGUUCUUAGAAACGAUCUUAAAUUCCUUGUUUUGCACUGAGAACGAUUACGCUACAUUAUUUGCGUUAUGUUUACUCUAUGCUCUAGUUAACAACCAGGGCAUAGAUCGUAAAACUUUGGAACCAAUUUUAUGUAAUCCGCGAAAUUCAACGAGUCUUUAUAACGAACUUUUAAUCGGUAGACUAAUUCAUAUUAUAACGUUAAGUUGUCAAACAAAUUCUAAAGUGAGACUCGUUACAUUGGAAUUGACGAUUAAAUUAUUAAUUCAAUUGGUAAUGUCAGAUGGACAGAAUACGCUAAAAGACACACAUAUGACAGCAAUUGAAGCAGCUAAAGAACAAAGCACAUCGUUAUUAAAAAAUUUUUAUAAGAGCGAAGACAUAUUUCUAGACAUGUUUGAAGAUGAAUAUAGCGAAAUUCAGAAACGACCAUUAAACGUCGAGUGGCUAAUGAUGGACAGUAACAUUUUAUUACCUCCAACGGGAACCCCAAUGACGGGUAUCGAAUUUACUAAGAGAUUACCAUGUGGAGAAGUUGAAAGAGCACGACGCGCUAUAAGAGUAUUCUUUUUAAUAAGAGAACUUUCAUUGACUCUGAAUAUGGAAGUAGAAGCACAGUUGCCUUUGACAAAUCCAGCCAACUGUGUUCAAGUCGAUAAUGUUCUUGAUCUAAAUAACAGCGAUUUAAUCGCGUGUACGGUUGUAUGGAAAGAUGGCCAGAAGAUCCGUCGUUUUCUAGUCAUCGAUGUUGUACAACUAAUUCUUGUUGAACCUGAUACUAGCAAACUCGGUUGGGGAGUAGCAAAACUAGUAGGUUUUUUGCAAGAUAUCGAAGUAGCUGGCGACAAAGAUGAUUCCAGAUGUUUGCACUUAACAAUUUACAAACCACUGAGUAGUAGUACUGGUAAUCGUGUUCCACUGUUAUCAACAAAGUUCAUUUUCGAUGACCAUAUUAGAUGUUUGGCCGCCAAACAAAGGCUAACGAAGGGGAGGAUAAAAGCACGUCAGAAGAAAAUGAACCAAAUUGCAAGAUUACUAGACAUUCCCACCAGUAUACCUCAUUCUUCGACACCACCCAAUUACGCUUUACGUGGUCUACGACACGAACGAUUAGGACGCGGACAAAGGCAGAAAGAUCAACCGCGUCCAAUGUUUACUGUAAACAAAGUUCCUGGCUUCGCAGCACAAAUGCGUAGAGAUAAUACUACUAGACCUACCUCUGGUGUUUCGACAUCAACUCCAAAACGUGCCGAUAAUAACACGAGUGAAAAGGGCCAUGAAAACGGUUUACGUUCUCGAGAUAGUUCACCCAAGAUGCCAAGGCCACGUAGCGAGGAAAUUCCUUUGGAAGAUAUGCGUCUUCGAAAAGCAUCAUUAACAUCCAAUGGACUGAGCAUAUCGCAUAUAUGUCAAGAAAAGAAAGAUGGUCAAAUUUCUGCUUCUUCGACUAACGGUGAACCAUCGACUGUGAUUAGAAAACAUUCUGAGGAAACGUCAUUCACCUGUCCACAAGAAGUGAAACCACGUAGAAAAGGUCAAGUGGAAACAGUAUGAUUAAAAAAAACAAAUUUUUUAAGAAAAUAAUAAAAAAAAAAAAGUAGAAUAAGUUCAAAAUUUCUUUAGGCAAUUUAGAGAAUGAAUGAAAAUGUGUAUGUAAUUUUCAGUUAACAAAGAAACAUUUUUAAUUGAUGUAAUAAAACGUUUUACUACAAGGUUCUUUUUUUAAACGAUGACUUGGGAUAUCCUAUGUUUCGUAAUAUUUUGUUUUAAUAGAGAACGUAUUUUAAAAUAAAUCUUGUAAAAAAAAAAAACAAGCUAUUGUAUAUUUAGUAAAAGGUCGGGUAUGAGGUAAAACUAAUGUUCUUCAGUUCCUUUAUGCUAUGUAACAUACAAGUAUUUUGUACAUACAUUUCAUCUAGAUACAAUAUAAUUGGAAGUUUAUGUUUUUGCUAUUUAAAUAUUACAAAUAACGUCUCACUAGGCAUGGUAUACUUCACAAUUAUGCAACAAAAUCUUGUAUUUAAUUUCUGUAUAUAUUGUUGGCAAUUUCUAUAAACACGAAAUAAAUGAUGCAAUAACCUGUUUC